AUGACGGCAACACUUAUCAAAGCCAUCAAGUUCUGGGGUGGUCGUGCUCUCAUAUCUCGGGGCUGGAGUAAUCUGGGAGAUGCCGAGUCAGACGAUCAAAUUUUCUAUCUUGGAGACUGCCCUCAUGAAUGGUUGUUCCAACAUGUCGCCGCAGUGGUACAUCACGGGGGAGCAGGAACGACCGCAUGUGGUCUACGCUUUGGGAAGCCGACUACUAUUGUGCCGUUCUUUGGAGAUCAACUAUUCUGGGGGAAUAUGGUCGCAUCCUGCGGUAUUGGACCUAAGCCAAUUCCACACCGCACAUUGACUGCGGAUAAUCUAGCAGAGGCUAUUCGCUUCUGUCUCGAACCUAACACGCUCACUGCCGCCGAGGAACUCGCUAUCCGAAUGAGUGAGGAAUCUGGAGUGAGUGCGGCAGUCGCAUCUUUCCAUCGAAAUCUGCCUAUAGACCAGAUGCAAUGUCGCUUCUUUGGAUCUGAGCCGGCUGCAUGGAAAUUGAAACAAGAAAAUUCCAAGUCUGCCAUUUAUUUGUCUAAGAUGGCCGCGGGAAUCUUAGUUGAAAACACACGCAUUGAUCCAAAGGAUUUAAGCUCGCAUGAAAGUCGCCCCAUAUUUAUCCAAACACGGCGAUGGGAUCCCAUCACAGGCGGCACAUCUUCCUUGCUAGGCAUGUACAAAGACAUUCUCACAGCAUCGAGUGAUGUAGUCGUACAACCAUACAAAGAGUUCAAACGCGCCCAAUCAGGCGAAGGGGAGCUUCGAGUUAUCGAACCUACGAAUCGGUCCUCCAGCGAUGCAUCCUCGACAGGUGGGAUCUCCCGCGCAUCCACCAAUGAGAAACGGGACGCGCAAUGGAAGGUAACAAGCACAGCAGUGGGAAGCUCCGCCAAAAGCGUGGGGAAGAUCAUCGGGUAUUACUACAAGGGCGUGCUGGUCGAUAUACCCAUGGCAGUUAACGAGGGCCUAAGAGCAGUGCCCCGAAUGUAUGGAGAGGAAGUCAAAAGCUAUGACAACAUCAAGGACUUCAGAUCUGGAGCCGCCGCUGCUAGAGAGAACUUCACGGACGGAAUGACAGGGGUCAGUGAGAUCCUCAAGCAGCCCUACAAAGGGGCCCAAGAGGACGGUUUCAGAGGGAUGGUGAAGGGAUUCGUCAAAGGUCCUCUCAGUGUGGGCACGAAGGCAUCUUCAGCGGCGCUGGGGCUCGUAGCCUAUCCAGGGCAGGGAUUGGUCAAGAGUCUGCAUACGGCCAUGCACGGCAAGACUCGGAAAUUGAUAGCUAAAGCGCGCCUGAAGGAAGGCCAAUAUCUGGCAAUCCAAUCGCCCAAGGCCUGGUCAAAUUGCCCGGCUGUUCUCGAGGCAUUUGAAGCCCAGCAGCGACAGCCUGGGACUGAGAUCUCGGGAUUUGAGCGGAUCCAAGACUAGACGAGUAAAUAACAAUAUAAUUGAAGAAUAGAACCGG